CCAGCCCAACUAACUGAGCUCCCGACAAGGUCCACAUACACACCUGCUCAACAGAGCAGAGUUGUCGGCGAUUAGGCCUCCGAAAUCUACCACCCCCCCUGCGAUGCGGAUCGUUUUUUCAUAAAGGACCAUCUGCGCGUGCCACGAUGGCCGAGAAUUUCCCUACCCUUGGGCAGUGUGCCCUGGUCGCCGGGGCAUUCAAGGUUCUCUUAUUUCCUGCAUACAAAUCGACCGAUUUCGAGGUUCACAGGAAUUGGCUUGCCAUCACCAAUAGCCUCCCACUGUCUCGGUGGUACUACGACACCACAUCAGAAUGGACGCUUGACUAUCCCCCCUUCUUUGCCUACUUCGAAUGGGGCUUGUCGCAAGCCGCCAAGCUCGUCGAGCCAGCCAUGGUCAGGGUCUUCAACCUGGAGUAUGACAGUUGGAGGACGAUAUAUUUCCAGAGAUGGACCGUCAUUCUGUCGGAGCUGGUGCUGCUAUACGCACUAUACGAGUUCGUCGCAGCCUCGCAGCUCUCGACCAAGCGUGCCAACCACGCAGCCGCUCUCUCGAUUCUGCUGUCCCCUGGCCUCCUGAUCAUCGACCACAUCCACUUCCAGUAUAACGGGUGCAUGUACGGUUUCUUGAUCCUCUCCCUCGUCUGGGCCCGGUCAAAGUCAACUCUCCUCUGGAGCGGCCUAGCAUUUGCCGCCCUGUUGUGCAUGAAGCACAUAUACCUGUACCUAGCCCCGGCUUAUUUCGUCUUCCUGUUGCGUGCCUACUGCCUCCAUCCCAAGUCAGUAAUGCGCAUUCAGUUCAUGAACUGCAUCAAACUUGGCGGAGGCAUCGUCGCCAUUUUCGCAGCCGCAUUUGGUCCGUUCGCCUAUCUAGGCCAGAUCCCGCAGCUCCUGAGCCGUCUUUUCCCCUUCUCUCGCGGACUAGGCCACGCAUAUUGGGCCCCCAACGUCUGGGCGCUGUAUUCGUUUGCCGAUCGAGUAUUGAUAUACGUGGCCCCACGACUCAAGCUGCCGGUCAAUCUCGAUGCGGUGAAUAGCGUCACUCGUGGUCUGGUCGGGGAUACUGCAUUUGCCGUACUGCCCGAAAUCACGCCGAAUACUUGCUUCGCCCUGACACUGUUCUUUCAGGCACUGUCUCUACUCAAGCUGUUCAACCAGCCGACCUGGGACACUUUCAUUGGCGCCGUGACGCUGUGUGGGUAUGCCUCGUUCCUGUUUGGGUGGCAUGUCCACGAGAAGGCUAUUCUUCUGGUCAUUAUCCCGUUCACCCUGAUCGCCCUCAAAGACCGCCGCUACCUGGGAGCAUUCCGGCCCCUUGCGGUCGCCGGACACGUAUCUCUGUUUCCCCUCCUGUUCACGCCGGCGGAGUUCCCCAUUAAGACGGUAUAUACCAUCUUUUGGUUGAUUCUGUUCCUCAUGGUGUUUGAUCGGUUGGCGCCUGCAUCACCGAAGGCGCGGUUUUUCCUGCUGGACCGCUUUAGUACGCUGUACAUAGCCAUCAGCAUCCCCCUAAUCAUGUACUGCUCUCUAGGGCAUCGGGUGGUGUUUGGCAAAGCGUAUGAGUUCUUACCACUCAUGUUCACAAGCUCGUACUGCGCCAUAGGGGUCGUGGGGAGCUGGGUUGGUUUCAUGGUUGUGUACUUCGCAUCCUAGAGUGGCCGAAAAUUCGCAAAGAAAGGCACCCGGUGCUAAUAAGGAACAUACAUAUGUUAAGAGUGUAACAGGACACCCUGCCCCAUGGUGGGACUUGCCACAGCCACAAUCAUUGAGGCCUGUGAACCAUAUUUUGGGAAAUGGAUUCCCUUCGGACACCCCAUCGAGAGACCUGACGUCGUCCUAACUGAGUCAGCAAGUAGCCAAUCAAAAUUGGACAAGCC